UCUCAUUCGUUUCAAGUCACAAACCAAAGCAGAGCCAACAACAUUCACCAACAACAAACACCUACAACAACACACAAGCGAGAAGAGGAAAAGCAAAUGAAGAGUGAAUUAGAGUUGCCACCAGGGUUCAGGUUUCACCCCACGGAUGAUGAGUUGGUGAACCAUUAUCUUUGUAGGAAAUGCGCUGGUCAACCAAUUGCUGUUCCUAUCAUCAAAGAGGUCGAUUUGUACAAGUUUGAUCCAUGGCAGCUUCCAGAAAUCGGAUUUUACGGCGAGAAAGAAUGGUACUUUUUUUCUCCUCGGGAUCGCAAAUACCCCAACGGCUCACGGCCGAAUCGGGCCGCCGGAAGUGGGUAUUGGAAGGCCACCGGCGCCGAUAAACCGAUCGGAAAGCCGAAGGCGCUUGGAAUAAAGAAAGCUCUGGUUUUUUACUCCGGAAAAGCCCCCAAAGGAGAGAAAACCAAUUGGAUCAUGCACGAAUAUCGGCUGGCCAAUGUUGACCGAUCAGCCUCCAAGAAAAAUAACAACCUGAGGCUUGACGAUUGGGUUUUGUGUCGAAUUUACAACAAGAAAGGGAAGAUUGAGAAAUACAACACGGGGGCACCGAAAUCGGAGACUGGGGUGGUUUAUAAUUUCGAACAUGAGACGAAGCCGGUGAUUGAGAAGCUUGGGAAUGAGCAGUUGUUUAUGGAUAGUUCCGAUUCGAUGCAGAGGUUGCAGAGUGAGUCGAGCGGUUCAGAGCAGGUGGUUUCGCCGGACGUGAGGUGGGAGAGAGAGGUGCAGAGCCAGCCGAAAUGGAAUGACAUAGGCCUACAGCUUGAAAACGCGUUUGAUUUUCAAUACAAUUACUUUGACAGCAAUAACCUUUCGGUGGAUGACCCUUUUGGGAGUGUUGAGUACCCCUUGCAGGACGUGCUCAUUGAAGCCCUAUUAAUGUGAAAACGAUACCUUUUGGACAAGGGGGCUUCAUUAUGUGCAUUACAUGGGACCCUCUACCCCAAAAUAUCUUCAUUAUUUUGUAAAGUCAGCAUUGGUUUGCAAUUGCCUUCACCUAACUACCACUACUGUUACAACAUGUGCUGCCAGGCUUAGUGUGUGAUGAACUGAGCUGCACGUGUAGUAACUAUUCUUGUUCUUUCUUCUAGAGAGGUCAGGGAAUUUUGAAUUCGGCUGAAAUUGGUAUUUGGAUUAGAUGUAAAGAAAAACAAAAAUAAGGGAACUGUGUAAAAGAGAUUAGGAGCAGAAUGAUCUCAACAAGGUGUCGAUUCAUAGGAUUUAUUGGAGGGUUAAUGUGUAGCUGUAGGAACUCAACCAGGAAAAUUCUUGUUCUAUUGUAUUGGAGUAUGAUUUUUUCAUAUAUUUGUAAUUUACAACUCCUACUUUUCAAUUCGAAGUAAACAGCUGAAUGAAAAUUCUUCCAUUCAAAGGAUGGAAAAGUUGCUCAA